AUGGCGUGCUGCUUCGCCCUGGUGAGCUCGGACCUGCCCCCCUCGGGGUGGGUACAUUACCGCCCCCAGGCAGUGCCGCCCCACGCCGUCUCCGUCAGCAGCUACAGGGCCAACCUGCCGGCCUACUACCUCCUGCCGCCACCGCCACCGCUACCGGUACUGCCGCAAGCCGCACCAGUCCUGCCUUUGCCGCAAGCCGCACCAGCCCUGCCUCUCCCGCCUCCUGUGCCGUUCGUCGGAUGA